AGGAAGGCGCGUGGAGCUGGGCCGCCUAGACCCCGGAGUGAGGCAAGAUGGCGGGCUCGCGGUGAGCAGCAGUGCAGCAGCCUGGAGUUGUUUUCCGCCGUUUUACCUUGGAAGAAACAGAGGAUUGCUUAAUGACUUGCCCAAACUUUCCCGGUUUGUAAAUGAUUGACUCUGAAGCUCUUGGAAGGGUGAAGAUUGUUAUAUCUAGAAGCAGAUUUUGAAAGCAGUUUCUCUUCAAAUCAUCUUUAUACCGCCUGAUAAGCAUUUUGAUUCACCAUGGCAUUGGCAGCAGUAAAAUGGGCAAUAUCAAGCAGAACUAUCUUGAAACAUUUAUUUCCAAUUCAAAACGGAACCUUAUAUUGUGUUGGUCACAAAUCUACGUAUUCUUCUCUUCCAGAUGACUAUAAUUGCAAAGUAGAGCUUGCUCUGACAUCUGAUGCCAGGACAAUAGUAUGCUAUCACCCUUCUGUGGACAUUCCAUAUGAACACACAAAACCUAUCCCUCGGCCAGAUCCAGUGCAUAACAAUGAAGAAACACAUGAUCUAGUACUGAAAACCAGAUUAGAAGAAAAGAGUGAGCACUUAGAGCAAGGACCCAUGAUAGAACAACUCAGUAAAAUGUUCUUUACUACUAAGCACCGUUGGUAUCCUCGUGGACAGUAUCACAGACGUCGUAGGAAACUGAAUCCUCCAAAAGACAGAUGAUAUUGAUGUUUUCAGAAAUCAAAGAGGAAUGUUACCCUGGAUCUCAUUUGCCUUUUGAGAAGAUACAGUUGGGUGUAUUCACUAAUAUGUUAUAUAGUAAAAUAAUAAUAAAACAUCUUUUCAUAUA